UCGGAGUGCCCAGACAGCGCCCCCAACAAGAAGUCACAAAACAGCCCCGAUAUCGUCGCCACCCUCCGGAACGGCUGCCAUGGCUUUUCCAAGAAGUUUAUGUACUGGCAGAAGGAUCUCAUCAUGGGAGGGAUGGUGAAAGGAGCAGAUGGAGAGCUGAAGAGCGCUGAAGCUCUGCAGACAAUGUACCUCCUGAUGAGCCCCGGUCAGCUGUACGAACACUUCAAAGAUGACUAUGAGAUCCACGACAUCAACUGGAACGAGGAGAAGGCGGCCGCCAUCUUGGAGACGUGGCAGAGGAAAUUUGUUGAGCAAGCGCAGCAGUCCGUCGGGCAGAACGCCUCCCAGGACAUUCACGCCUUUUCCACCACCACCCUGAAUGACAUCAUGAAGUCCUUCUCCGACGUCAGCGCCAUCCGCGUCGCCGGCGGCUACCUGCUGAUGUUGGCGUAUGCUUGUGUCACCAUGCUGCGUUGGGAUUGCUCCAAGUCUCAAGGUGCGGUGGGUUUGGCCGGUGUCCUCCUCGUGGCCCUGUCCGUGGCCUCAGGCCUGGGGCUCUGCUCUCUACUUGGGAUCUCCUUCAAUGCCGCCACCACCCAGGUCCUGCCCUUCCUUGCGCUGGGAAUCGGCGUGGAUGACAUGUUCCUCUUAGCGCACGCCUUCACUGAAACCAGCCGGAGCACCCCACUGAAGGAAAGGACGGGCGAAUGCCUCAGGCGUACCGGUACCAGCGUGGCUCUGACUUCCAUCAAUAACAUGAUUGCCUUUUUCAUGGCGGCUUUGGUGCCAAUCCCGGCACUGAGGGCCUUUUCUCUGCAGGCUGCCGUGGUGGUUGUGUUCAAUUUUGCGAUGGUUUUGUUAAUAUUUCCAGCCAUCUUGAGCUUGGACCUGCAGCGUCGGGAGGACCAGAGGUUGGAUAUCCUCUGCUGCUUCUACAGCCCCUGCUCUUCCAGAGUGAUCCAGAUUCAACCUCAGGAAAUCCCUGAUGCCAAUGACAAUCACACUUACCACCCAUCCCCAUACGGCAACCCCACAAUCACUACCAGCACCCAGAUCACCACCACCGUGCAGGCCUUCACCCAAUGUGACUCGUCUGGACACCAUAUUGUCACCAUCCUGCCGCCCACCUCCCAGAUCUCUACCUCACCAUCCGUCAUCAUGCCCACGAUGGAUCCUCUCGGCUCCCAGGUGUUCAACUCCUCCAGCUCCACCCGGGAUCUGCUGGCCCAACUGGAUGACACCAAAGCAAGCCGAGAGUGCGUCCCGCUGCCUUUCUUAAAGUGGAGCCUGUCUCAGUUUGCUCGAGAGAAGUACGCCCCUCUGCUGCUCAAACCUGAGACCAAGGGCAUUGUGGUGGCCUUGUUCAUGGCGCUGUUAGGCCUUGGCCUGUAUGGAACCACCAUGGUCCACGAUGGUCUUUACCUGACAGACAUUGUCCCACGGGAGACCAAAGAAUACAACUUCAUCUCUGCCCAGUUCAAAUAUUUCUCCUUCUACAACAUGUUCAUCAUUACCAAAGGUGGCUUCGACUACCCAAAAUCCCAGACGGCUUUUUAUGAUCUUCACGAGUCCUUCGGCUCCGUCAAAUAUGUUGUCCGAGAAGAAGGGAGGGAGCUGCCCAAAAUGUGGCUCCAUUAUUUCCAGGAUUGGCUGAGAGGUCUCCAGGCCGCAUUUGACAACGAUUGGGAAUCUGGUCACAUCGCACCAGACAAUUACCGUAACGGCACCGAAGACGGAGUCCUGGCCUACAAACUUCUCAUUCAGACCGGGAAUAAGAAAGAUCCCCUAAAUCUUGACCAGCUAAGCAGUCGGCGUUUGGUGGACGAGAACGGCCUCAUCCCCCUCAAGACGCUUUCUACAUCUACCUAACGGUUUGGGUCAGCAACGACCCCUUAGGCUAUGCUGCCUCCCAGGCGAAUUUUUACCCCCAGCCGCCCGAGUGGAUCCACGACCGCUACGAUACGACCGGGGAGAACCUGAGAAUCCCAGCGGCAGAACCCAUCGAGUUUGCCCAGUUUCCAUUCUACCUGAAUGGUCUGCGCCAGACGUCGGACUUUAUCGAGGCGAUCGAGAGCGUGCGAUCGGUGUGCGAUGAGUUUGUGAAGCAAGGAGUGUACAGCUACCCCAGCGGGUACCCCUUCCUCUUCUGGGAGCAGUACAUCGGGCUCCGGCACUGGUUCCUCCUGGCCAUAAGCAUCGUGUUGGCUUGUACCUUCUUGGUGUGCGCUAUCCUCCUGCUCAAUCCGUGGAC